UGUUGCGAGACCGCGUUGAGCAGAUAACUAAAUAAAGACGGAAGCAGGAGGACUAAAAAAAAAGAAGAAACUGCGUUAAAUACAUCAAUACCUGAGAGACGUGCGCAUAGUACCGGGAUUAUUUCCCUUUUGGUAAUGAGUUAACAGCCCCGUUCUCGAUGAGAUAAUGGCCUAGUUUACACCGAUUGUUUGCUACGCGUAUCAAAUAGUGAAUGACUAUUAAAUAGAUUUAGUCGUCGGCCGAAAUACACUAUUCGAUACGCGUAUCAAAUAAUCGGUGCAAACUGGGCUUAUUGCGAUCUGUUUAGUUUUCAAACGGUGGUGGCACGCCGUGAGCGUAUUCCCCCUCCCUCGUGCGGCAACCGAGCUCAACAUCUGCUGUGCGGCCCAGCUGCGGCGUCACGUCGCCUGGAAGAUCGUCUGCGAGGGUGGUUCGUCAAGUCCAUGCGCCCCGUGCACCGUCAGCGUGCAGAUUAACCGAGGGAGAUUAUCAGGACGAAUCGCGAUGUCGCAGGGGAGAGGAGGCAGGCGAAACCGCAAACAUCAUGACAAGGAAAAGAUCAGUCUCGGUGACAAGGGCAGGGAGGUGGUGGAGGACAUAAAUGAGAACAGUCUCGUGGUGCAGCAGUUCCGCGCGUACGCGACCGAGCUUGACGCCAAGCACGAUCGUUACGAGAGGAUCUUCAAAAUCAAUCGGGACGUGGGCAUCGAGAGCAAGAGGAUCAUCUUCCUCCUGCACACCAUCGACAAGGAGAGCAAGCGGAACGCCGUACUGGACGCGGCCAAGGCCCGGCUGGAGAACGUGGGGCAGAAGCUGUUCCGAAACGUCGCCAACGAGCUGGACGGUCAGGACGCCUAUCAGUACCACCGAGCCUACCGCGCCGGCCUGGAGGAAUACGUGGAGGCGCUCACGUUCUACGAGUAUCUGCAGAACGGCAGCAUGCAGGACUGGACCACCCUGGAGAAAGCGCUGAUGUACCGCGCGGCCUCGUCUCCGGUCGACUCGCCGGAGCAGGACAGCGGCAAGAUGAUACAGGUGAUGGUCACACCGACGGACUAUAUCCUGGGGAUAGCCGACCUGACCGGCGAGCUGAUGCGAAAGUGCAUCAACAACCUGGCGAUAGGCGACGUUACCAGCUGUUACCAAACGUGCAACUUCGUCCGGAAGAUAUACAUAGCCUUCCUGGGCUACACCAGCGUGGUGCACAACAACGAGGUGAACAAGAAGAUCAUCACGCUCAAGCACAGCCUGACCAAGAUGGAGAACGCGUGUUACACCAUCAAGGUACGGGGGUCCGAGAUACCGAAGCACAUGCUGGUCGACAUGGCCAUCGCGGCGGCCGAGGAGUACGCCACCGAGGACGACGAGGGAUAUCAGGCGUUUUAAUAUUGCGAGAGCGCAGAUUGUCCAACGCGGAUUAUUUUCCCGUUUCUUCAUUAUUGUGGACUUCUCAAUCUGAUGCGAUAGCAUUUGAUAUAGCGACGGUAUAAUCGGAAACUGACUGUUAAAGAAACGUAUAUUCCAGUAAUUUAUCGAUCGUUUCAAACUAAUACUUUUGUGAAAAUUGCAUUAAAAAAUUCUAUAUGCCAUAUUCUA